GCCAGGCGGAGAAGCAGCACCGAGCAUGAAUGACGCCAACGCCAUCGAAGUCGCCGGAGUUCCGACUUCGACUCUCAACUGUAUAGAUCUCUCGAGUUCGGAUAUGCAACAGCGUGCUUGGAUUCUGGCUUUUUCUACGUGAUCAAUCAUGGAAUCAGCCAGGAUUUGAUGGAGGAGGUCUUCGUCCAGAGCAGGCGGUUCUUCGGUUUGCCUUUGAGCGAGAAGAUGAAGCUGUUGAGGAACGUGAAGCACCGAGGCUAUACUCCUUUGUUCGAUCAAGUCCUCGAUCCUGCAAAUCAGAUUCACGGAGAUGAUAAGGAGGGAUACUACAUAGGAGUGGAAGUACCAGAGGACGAUUCGGGUGCACAGAAGCCUCAUUUUGGACCAAACCUAUGGCCUUCUGAGGAUAUAUUGCCAAGAUGGAGGCAGGCGAUGGAACAAUUUGGUAGUCAAGCAUUAAAUGUGGCAAAAGUAGUGGCAAGGAUCAUUGCUCUAGCACUUGAUCUGGAGGCUGAUUUUUUUGAUAAUUCAGAAAUACUCGGCGAGCCUAUUGUGACCUUGCGCUUGUUGCACUAUGAAGGUCUAGUCUCUAAUCCCUCUAAAGGAAUAGAUGGAGCUGGGGCAUAUUCGGAUUUUAAUUUUAUUACCUUGUUGGCAACAGAUGAUGUCCCAGGUCUCCAAAUUUGCAAGAACAAGGAUGCUAAACCUCCGACAUGGGAAUAUGUGCAACCUAUGAGGGGAGCAUUCAUAGUGAAUCUUGGUGAUAUGCUAGAACGAUGGAGCAAUUGUAUUUUCAGGUCCACCCUCCAUCGAGUUAUAGGGAAUGGUCAAGAUCGGUAUUCUAUUGCAUUCUUCCUGAAGCCUAACCAUGAUUGUCUCAUUGAGUGCUUGCCAACAUGUGCGUCAGAGGAAAAUCCUCCCAAGUUUCCGCCUGUCCAAUGUCAGACUUACUUGUCCCAAAGAUUCAAAGAUACUCAUGCUGAUUUAACUGUAUACAAAAGGGAAGGAGCUUAGAGUUUGCCAGUGAGAGCGGAAGCCUGUCAACCUGCACUUGCCUGAAGUAGGGGUAUGCUUGGAGAACUCAUACAGAUGUGCAUAAUGAGCUCUUAGAGAAAAGCGUUCAAUGGGGUACCUACAUGUUCAUAUAUAUGCAUAUACAACCAAUAAUCAGUUCAUGUUUAUGCAUGGAAGCAAUAGUUCAGCCGCUUCCGCUUAAAUUAGAUGGUUUGUACACGCAACUCUUUCAAGAAAGGAAAAGAGAAGAAAAUGACACACGUCUAAGCGCCAACUCUCCUGCGAUGCAACAGAUGGAUCCGCCCACUUUUCAACGAUAGUUUUGCGAGAUGGGACCGUACAUGCAACUUUCUGUAUCCUUGACAAGAUUUUUCUAGACGAGGUGGGCGUGUCGCUAAGCCUACAAAGGAUUGAAAAUAUGACCGGCUGAGGAGAGAGCAAGCAUUUCCAUGUGGGUCGGACUACGGGUGGCAUUGGCAAGUGCACUGACCGAGAUCGAAAGCAUUUUAGCAACAUUGGCUGCUACUUUCGCUAUAAAACACAGAAACAAGCUUUAGACACAGAAAUACUUGACUUGGUUCUCU